GCUUUCUGUCAGAAAGCCUCAAGCGCCUGAGGCAAACUUCUUCCCCUGUGCGCAGCAGACUACCGAUACUCACCGAUCGAGACCGAGACCAAGGCAUGUGAAAACGCAGAGCUCAGCUGGCCGUGGAUAUGAUGAUACCAUAACCCACCGCCCCGAUAGUGGAUCUGUUACGUCAUUGGCAGGGAGGAGCACGGGGCACCGCCUGGGUGUCGGUCACGCGGUCACGCGGCGUGGAUGCGCUCUGGAAUGAACGCGCUGCUGCUCCGGGUGAAAACCUCGACCAGGGCAGGUUUAGCUGUCAGAUGCGCCCAGCUUUCACAUUUGUCUGGAGUUGGAUCUCUGUCAGGCGGGAAACCAGUUAUGAAUCAGCACCAAGAGGAGCAGGAGGAGGUGACUGGGCUCGUGUGCCAGGAAGCUGACCUCAAAGAUGGGCAGAUGAAGGAGGUAACCGUGGAGGAUCAGAAGGUGUUACUGGUCCGUACCUCGGGCCAGUACAGCGCUGUUGGAAGCCAGUGCACUCAUUACAAUGCUCCUCUAGUUAAAGGAGCGCUGGUUGGUGGCAGGGUGAGAUGUCCCUUCCAUGGCGCUUGCUUUAAUGUCAAGACUGGAGAUAUUGAGGAGUAUCCAGGUCUGGAUUGUCUGCCCAGUUAUAAGGUUAAAGUCGAGGAUGGCAAGGUGUACGUGUCCAUCAACAAAAAAUCUCUGAAGGUGACCAGGCGGGUGAAGGAGAUGUGCAGUGUAGUACCAGGCAUCAAACAUACUAUCCUGCUUAUAGGAGGAGGCCCUGCAUCCCUGGUGUGUGCAGAGACGCUGCGACAGCACUGCUACCAGGGUCGAAUCGUCAUGGUAACCAAAGACACCCUGCCUCCAUUCGACAAGCCCAAACUGAGUAAGGCGAUGAAUCUGGACAGCGAUGACAUCCUUCUUCGCUCAAGUGACUUUUUUCAGCAGUGUGGGAUAGAGGUGUGGACAAAGAAAGAGGCAGUGUCUGUAAAUCCAUCUGAAAAGGUGGUGAAGCUGAGUGAUGGCUCUCUGCAGCACUAUGACCAGCUCCUCAUCUCAACUGGCUGUAGGGCACGGCCUCUCAGCUGUCCUGGUUGGGACUUGAUGGGAGUGAAGUUGCUGCAGUCUCAUGAAGAUGCCAAAGAGAUCCACCGCUCCUGUCUCGGUCAAAAGGCCGUCAUCAUCGGUGCUUCCUUCAUAGGUAUGGAGGUGGCGUCCUACUUAUCAGACAAAGCUGCCAGUGUGGCUAUGGUUGGCACCACAGAGUAUCCUUAUGAACGGUCCCUCGGCUCAGACAUUGGCAAGAUGACUAUGAAAAUGCUGGAGGAACAUAAUGUCAAGUUCUACAUGAGCGAUAGUGUCACCGAGAUCAGAGGGGAGAAUGGCAAGGUGAAAGCGGUGGUGCUGAAGAGCGGUGCAGUCUUGGAAGCUGACGCGGUGAUUGCAGGAAUUGGUGUGCUCCCCAAUUCUGACUUCUUGGUGGGAAGCCAGGUGGAGUUGGACUCUAGGAAGGCGGUGAUUGUUGACAAGUUCAUGAGGACCAACAUGCCAGAUGUUUUCAGUGCCGGAGAUGUUACCUCCUUCCCUCUGACCAUUCGUGGAGACCAGCGGGUCAACAUCGGUCACUGGCAGAUGUCACAAGCCCACGGACGAGUAGCUGCCCUGAAUAUGCUACAGAAGCCGACAAAAAUUGAGUCUGUUCCUUUCUUCUGGACUGUGUUGUUAGGGAAGAGUAUCAGAUACACAGGCUAUGGGAACGGAUACACAGAGAUCAUAUUCAAAGGCAAAGUGGAGGAAAGGAAGUUCCUGGCGUUUUACAUCAAAGAUGAGGUGGUGGUUGCAGCGGCCAGCCUGAUGUUUGACCCGGCUGUGUCGCGCCUGGCAGAAAUGAUGGCAACAGGCCAGAUUAUAACCAAGGCACAGGCUCAAGCUGAUGACCUGAGCUGGCUUCAAAUGUAAACAAGAUGUCUGUCCACAAGCAGCAGCCCUCAGGUGAUGAUGACGUCAAAUAUUUCGUUUUUUUUUUCUCUCUGUAUCUGUCAAUUAGUGCCAAACUGAAUCAUUCCAUGUCCUACAUCAGGCCAUCUGAGAGCCAAUCAGACUUCUGAUCUGUUGUUUCCAUGGCAGCAUGUCAAGCUUUAUUGAAUUCACACCAUGUGCAAACACUGAGUAAAGCUUAUGUUGCUGUGACACAGUAAACAAACUCCUACGUUGAACUGCACAGACUGCAGGUUGCUGCACGUUGAACAGAGACAUUUUAGUUAAGAGUAGCUACACAACAGAAAGUGUCUGUUAAUUAUUGUGAACGUUAAGGCCCUAUCAACAUGCACAGGAGCUGCAGUAGUAAAUAGUCUAACAUCUUCAACACAGAAUUUUGACCCACUUGGAAAUUAAAAAAAAAAAAAAAAAUCUAAGUUCAGCUCUUUACUUUAAGAGCUAUGGUACAUUUCCCCAUUUUUGUCAGAACAGAACUGUUAAAUGUUAAGAUGAGGUAAAAACCUGUACUGGGAAAAAAUACUACAGUGGAACCUACUGACGUUUUUCAGGUUUUGUUUAGUUUUUAACUUUUAUUUUAUUUUUAUUUAAUUAAAAAAAAUUCAGUUCUGUUUCAAAUGUCCAGGCUCUUACAGCAGAGUUAUAGCGUAUUGUUUGGCUUUACUUUGGUACUGUAAACACAUGUUCCCCACUCUGUGUUGCCAACCUCAGUGGCGGCUCUUGAGGUUCAGCAGCUUCAGAGUAAGAAGAGGAAGUGUGUCAUGUAAUGUCAGCAUUUCAUCGCAUUGUAAACGUCUAAAACUUGAUCCUUUAUGGUAGAUUAUCAGCACUCAGGUGAGGGAUUAUAAUAACGACUGCCUUAAUCUUCCCAUUUACUAUACUGUUUAUAGUUUACUGACUAAAAUCAGUCGUUGCUACUUUGGUUGUUUUCAUUUCAUUUUUGACAGGCUUACUGUUACACCAGGGAUGUGAUUUUUUUUUGUUUGUUUUUUUUUGUUUGUUUUUUGUUUUUUCAAAUAUAUCAGAAAUUCCAGGUUUUGUGACCUUUUUUCUUCUUGUUUUUUGAAUUAAGAAACAAUGUACAACAUCAAUUGCAAUGGACAAAAAAAAUAAAUUAUC